CAAUAACAAUCCCCUGUAUAAGUCCCUACCGUCAUUUUCCUGAUCUUUUCUUACACGUCCACCAACCAAAUCCACACCAUUAAUCACAUCCCAAAACACCUCCAUCCUCACCAUCCGAUUUUGGAGGAUACACUGAUCCAAAAUACUUCGCGUCAUACACAAGUAUACCUCCUCCACUCAGCCGUUUUCCAGCCCCGAGAAAAACGAGCUGCAACGGCGUCGUUUCUGCCAACGGCGUGCGUUUCAAUUCAAUUUUGUUCAUCCCGAGCGCCAAACAGUUGCUACUACUCAAGAAAAAUUGAUAAAAAGAUCAGAGAAGAGUUGAUAGUAGAAAGAAUCGGGUACAUCAUUCUUCUAGUUUUGAAUUUCAUUUCUCUCAUUCUUGUUUCAAAGUUUUCUUCUAAAAUGGAGAUUGGAUCGGGUGCGAUUGGCUCUUCCUCCAAACACCAGCUUAAGAUCUUUCAGGAAUGGUUCGGUUUGGCCGAUUCAGAUGGAGAUGGUCGUGUUACUGGAAAUGAUGCCAUACAGUUCUUCUCCAUGUCUCAUCUUUCUCGCGGCGAGCUCAAACAGGUUUGGGCUGUUGCAGACUCCAAACGACAGGGAUAUUUAGGGUUCAAUGAGUUCGUUACUGCCAUGCAGCUUAUUUCUUUAGCACAAGCAGGGUAUGACCUGGACUCAGAUAUCCUCAAGAAAGCAGCUGGCAUGGAGGAAAUUAAACUUCCAGUGCUAGAAGGCUUGGACGCUUUAGCUGUUAAGUCUAAGCGAUUAGCAGUAUCUAGUCAGCAUGAGACAAAUGGAACUUUUCAACCCAUGCCUCCACCAUCAACUCCAUGGUUUGCUUCAAAAUCUGGGAGCAAGAUAUCUCAUACGGCGGUUACAUCAAUCAUUGACGGUUUGAAGAAACUGUACAAUGAAAAGCUGAAGCCUCUCGAAGCUACCUAUCGGUUUAAUGAUUUUGUGUCCCCUUUCCUGACAAGCAGUGAUUUCGAUGCUAAGCCAAUGGUAAUGUUGUUGGGCCAAUACUCAACUGGAAAGACAACAUUUAUCAAACAUUUGUUAAAAUGUAAUUAUCCAGGAGCUCACAUAGGACCUGAGCCAACAACUGAUAGAUUUGUAGUAGUAAUGUCUGGACCAGAUGAGAGAAGUGUUCCGGGAAACACUAUUGCUGUUCAAGCAGACAUGCCAUUCUCUGGUUUGACAACCUUUGGUGGAGCGUUCUUGUCGAAGUUUGAAUGUUCUCAAAUGCCGCAUCCUCUCCUUGAUCAAAUUACAUUUGUGGAUACUCCUGGGGUUCUAUCUGGGGAGAAGCAACGCACACAGAGAAGCUAUGAUUUCACAGGGGUCAUAUCAUGGUUUGCAGCGAAAUGUGAUCUCAUCCUUCUUUUGUUUGACCCUCAUAAACUAGAUAUCAGCGACGAGUUCAAGCGUGUUAUAGGAUCUCUACGUGGUCAAGAUGAUAAGAUUCGUGUUGUUCUCAAUAAAGCAGAUCAAGUUGAUACUCAACAAUUAAUGAGAGUUUAUGGAGCAUUGAUGUGGUCUCUCGGUAAAGUGUUGAAUACUCCUGAAGUCGUCCGUGUUUAUAUUGGGUCAUUUAACGACAAGCCUGUUAACGAAGCCUCUGUCGGCCCAAUUGGUCGGGAUCUUUUUGUGAAGGAACAAGAUGACCUCUUAGCAGACUUGAUUGAUAUUCCAAAGAAAGCAUGUGAUCGUCGGAUUAAUGAAUUUGUAAAACGAGCCAGAGCGGCUAAGAUUCAUGCCUAUAUCAUGAGCCAUCUUAAAAAGGAGAUGCCUGCAAUGAUGGGUAAAGCUAAAACUCAACAACGGCUUAUUGAUAAUCUUGAAGAUGAAUUUGGAAAGGUUCAAAGGGAGUACCACUUACCGGCUGGGGAUUUCCCAAACGUGGAGCAUUUUAGGGAGGUACUAAAUGGGUAUAGUAUUGAUAAAUUUGAGAAAUUGAAGCCUAAAAUGAUUCAAGCCGUGGAUGACAUGCUUGGCUAUGACAUCCCAGAGCUUCUGAAGAACUUCAAAAAUCCUUAUGAGUAAUAUAUAUAUAUAUAUAUAUAUAUAUAUAUAUAUAUAUAUAUAUAUAUAUAUAUAUAUAUAAUAACAGUAUUAUAUAGUAUCUCAAUCUCAGCAGUUGCAUUGCUACUUGCAAUGGAUGUUGAUGAUGAUGAUGAUGAUGCAAAGUGUUUUUAGAAUUCAAAAUUUUGGGAACUUGUUUUUUUUUAUCCAUUUUCUUUUUAGUUAAUGCUCGAAUGUAUGUGUAUCUGUUGAUUGGGCAUUUUGGUGUAUUCUUCAAAGUUUUGGGUUUAUAGAACAAUGGGAUUCUUCGUAGUACAUUCCAUGAAUGAGUUUAGUUGUUUUUGUUCUUUUCUCAUUGACAGUUUAUGAGAAGUCGGCUUUAUUAUA